AUGGCACAAGAUUAUGGUUUCACUUUCACCUCUGAGGAAAUGCUCGUCAACGACAACCUUGGAUACCCCAAAGCCUAUGCGAAACUCUGUCGUGACCGUGGUUUCAGUCCUUAUAGCCGUGGUCCUCCCUUCACUUUUCUACCUUAUGCUUUGCAUGAUGACGAGGUUGAAAGAUCAAGUUUUUUAGAUGAGAUGUUUCCAAUUAUUGAUCCAAAGGCUAAACCAACAACCAAACCUAGAAUCUUUGUCAGUAUCUUGUGGAACCAGCUCAGUCAUCUUGGGAAUGCUGGUUUUGAUCCUGCGGUGAUUCGAGUUGAUGCUUAUGGCAAUGUCUUGUAUUAUCAUGCCGAUUCAGCUUCUCCUCUUGCUUGGGAUAUUGAUCAUUGGUUUCCUUGUUCAAGGGGAGGCUUGACUGUACUAAGCAAUCUAAGGAUAGUUCAAAGACAAGUUUUCAGAAGGAAGAAAAAUAAACUUGAAUUCUUAGUGCCAUGGUGGGAUUUCCAAUUGGGGAUAUCUGUAAAUCAGUUUUUGUCCAUUUUUGCUUCUUCAAAAUCUGACUUUAGGCAUAGAGGCUUUUCAUUUUUGUUCUCUGAAGGAGAAAAUCAUGAGUUGAAUGAUACACAAAUAGUGGAUUCUCAUUCUUUUCCACAACACUUCAUUGGUUUGAGUGAAGAAGUAGGACUCGCUCCCGCUGCUAUAGUCGAAUCGCGAAGGGAUCCUUAUGAUGCUUUAGCUUUAAGACAACUUGAUCACAAUAAGAAGACAAGGCCUAUGUCUUCUGCAAUAGAGGCUACGAGAAAAUCAAAGGGCAAUGUGCCUAAAGAAAAUGAAGAUCCAAAUUUUGUUAGAAACCCCUACCAAGCAAUUGUCAUGGCUAGAGAUUCUUUAAAGCAAAAAGAAGAAGCUUCAAAAAUGCAGAUGGAAAUGAAAAAGUUGGAUAAUGAAGUGAGUGAAAUGAAACUCAAGAAUGAAGAAGAAAAGCUUGUUAUUCAAGAUCUCGAAUUGGCGCUUAUAAAACGGAAACGGAAAGCAGAAAAAUGCAGACGGCUUGCAGAAGCUCAAUCUUCUUACAGAACCAUGCUAGAGAAGAUGAUUAGAGACACCAUGCACCAGAGUGUGAUUUAUAAGGAACAGGUAAGAUUGAACACGGCUGCAAGUAAUGCACUAACGGCUAGACUUGAAGCACAAAGAUCGAUUUGUGAUAAUGCUGAGAAAGAGUUUUAUAAGAAGUAUAAGCAAAAAGAUGACAUAGAGAAACAGCUUAGACCUGAAUUUGAGCAAGGAAGAAAGAGGUUCAGAAUGGAUGACUCCGCUUUCGAAGAAGAGAGGGAGAACAAUAAAACUGUUUUUUAUUUGCCUGGAGUUAGGCCAAGAACACCUUUCCACAAAGAGCUCAGAGUUUUGUUGGAGGAAGAACAAAGAGCGUCCGAAGCCGGCCUAUCUGCGAACGAAGAGGAGCUGAAAAUUGCAGCUAAUAAUGAUGAGUUGGAACAGAAGCUAGAAGAGCAUACCGAACCGUUUGUGGCUUUGUAUGAAGAAAAGUUAAUUGAGCAGAGACUUCAGAAGCUAGAAAUUAGUGAAGAAAAGAGAAAUCCUGGUGUUUCUUUCCGCGGGUUUCAUGAGAAAAAAGUUGAUGAAGAUGAUGAAAUGAGAAACCAACGAGGUAAAGGGAAUGUUGAAAAAUGGCUUCAAUUGCUUUUAGAGAAUGGUCAAGGAGAAGGAAUGGGAGCACAAGAAGAAGAAACAAACGAAAGUGCUUUUGGUAAGACUGAAGAUAUAAUCGAGCAACUGAACCAGAAGUUUCCGCAAAAGGAGUUGAAAACUGUAAAGAAGGAGCUGCAAGUCCUUCAAGAUAAGAGCAAAGAAGGUGAUAAAAUAGAGGAAACAAAUGAUGGUUUUGAUAAAACAAAAAUUGGAAAAAAUUGGAAAGAAGAACAACAAAAAUUAGAAAAAAGACUAGUUCGAUCAGAGAGUGCAAAGGUCUUGAGACGAAUCCCGUCAUCUCCAUCUUUGUUUCAAGGGAUGAAAUCAUCCAUCAAGAGUAUCAAGAAAGCAGUGAAACUAUAA